ACGAAAGACGUCGGUUCUGCGGGUUUCAGCGCGCUUUCACGACAGUGAUUCCCAACUCAGCGGGCACAAUCGGGACCGCGCGAAAUGAGUCAUUCCGUUCGCUAGGCCACCAGGUGCCACCGUGCGAAGGCGCGAGUCUCGCCGUGCGUCUGGGCGCGCGCUAUGAGGGCGCGAAGUUAACGUCCUGUUUUCAGAGGGGGUCGAAUCGCCCCGCUGCGCUGUCUUUCCUUCUCCCGCCGACCGACCGACUCAACCCUCCUGCUACCCCCUGCCCUCGCGCUCUCUAUCCCAUGCUAAGCUAGCACCGUCUUGUGUGGUUUGCGCUACGGGCCCCCCGGCGGUCGCCUCCGGGACCUGUAGUGCAAGAAGAGGGUGGGGCCUGACCCCGUUGCCUCCCAAAUAUACUUCUGGACCGCGCCUAUCGAUGGACAAGACGAUACCGCGGGUGUUAUGUUCGUGGCGAGCGCAAGCGUGGCGAGCGCAAAAAACGGAAAGCACAGGAGGGGAGUGGACGGGUGUGGCUCCAGCACUCGCUCGCCACAGAGCACCUCCACCAAAUCUUCCGGCGUCUCUCGGGAAGGACGCAUCAUCACCCCUCCAGCUGCAUCGCCGCCGCCGCCGCCGCCGUUGCCGUUGCCGCCCGUGGUGCCGUCGGUGCCAUCUCCUCCCUCCGGGUGUACCACCGUGCUCUCAAGGUGCUGGUGGAGGUCUUCGUGAGAGAGGACAUAUGCCAUGACCUAAGCGACGAGCGCGGGGGGCACGAUAGGCAGAUUACAGAGGUUCUCGUGCUUCCUCUGUUUUGGCUUUGAGAGGGGUUCUUCAUCGGCGUAUGUGCGGGACUAAAGUUUGGUCAUGGUUACGGCGAUCAUAAGGGGGAAGGCCGGUU